AAUGUUCUGUUGAGAAGGAGUCUGUCAGUAGGUUUUUAUUUGGAAAUGGAGCUUUCAUCAGUUGGCACCUGUUCUGAAAUUUCCGUUCACAUGUUUCCCCCAGUGUUUUGUUAUUCACCGGCUCCUUGUCUCUCUGAAGUAUAGACAGAAUACCGCGGAACAGAGUGGGUUUGAUGUUCAGUACAUACUGUGCAUGGACUGGAUACCACCAUUCACACACUAGGAGAGCACACUGUGGCUUCUGUCUGCAAAAUCUUACUCCUAGCUGAGGUUCCAUUUACAAUGUUUGAUUUCUGGUAGUGGAAUUUGUUUUGGUUUGGCUCAGUUACUAUUCACUGAAGCAGGCAUCUAUUAAAAGGCAGGGACCGAGAGAUGCUUCAAUCAGGUGGUUUCUUCCUACUUAAGGAAUCGUGUUUUGCCAAUUCCAUCGUCAACAUUUAACUGCGGCUAGAAAGCUAAUAAAGAAUUGAUGACUCACAGCAAGGAAACUGCAACUAACAUUCAAAGACUGCUUUGGAGAGAGAGACUUCAAUUUUCUGACAAACUGUUUGUUUCCAGGAGCCUGGUGAUCAUCAGCACACUGGAUGGGCGGAUUGCUGCGCUGGACCCCCUGAACGAGGGCCGCAAACAGUGGGACUUGGAUGUGGGCUCUGGCUGCCUGGUGUCCUCCAGCCUCAGCAAACCCGAGGUGUUUGGGAAUAAGGUGUUCAUCCCAUCUCUGGACGGAGCGCUGUUCCAGUGGAACAGGGACCGGGAGAGCAUGGAAGCCGUCCCCUUCAACGUGGAGUCCCUGCUGGAGUCCUCCUACCGCGUGGGAGAAGACACUGUGUUGGUGGGCGGCAAGUCCCUCACCACGUACGGCCUGGGAGCCUACAGCGGAAAGCUGAAGUAUAUCUGUUCAGCAGUGGGCUGCAGUCGCUGGGGAGAGGAGGAGGUGGAAUCGGAGGACAUGCUCUUGCUGCAGCGAACACAAAAAACCGUCAGAGCUGUGACCCCUCGCAGCGGCUUUGAGAAGUGGAACUUCAGCGUGGGCAACUUCGAGCUGAAAUUCGUUCCUGAGACUCGGUCCCAGUUCAGCUUCUUGGAGGGCGAGACGGCCAGUAAGGAGGUGUGGCAUGAAGUUCAGAGCGACGCUCCCCGCGUGAUCCUGGAGGAGUCGGAAGGGUGUGCUCAGAGUCCCGGUGGCGCACGCGCCCAGGCCGACGCCCUCGACCUUGUCAUCAAGGUGUCCGUCCCAGACUGGAAGGUGAUGGCGUUCACCAGCGAGGUGGGAGGACGGCUCAUCUGGGAGCAUCAGUUCUGCACGCCCAUCGCCUCAGCCUGGCUCGUUGGAGGGGGCAAGGUGACGCCCAUCAGCUUGUUUGAUGAUACCACCUACACCACCCAGCCAGAAAGGGAGCCUCAGGAGGAGGAUGAGGAGUUCAUGGAGGAAGCACGCGGAGCCACCGAGUCGAGCGUCUACCUGGGGAUGUUCCAGGGUCAGCUGUAUCUGCAGUCGUCCGUCAGAAUGUCUGAGAAGUUCCCAUCGAAGGCCAAAGCCCUCGAUGGACGCAGGGACAUCAUCCCUCCGCCAACCGUCAAAUGGAAGCCCCUCAUCCACUCCCCGUCACGUACGCCAGCGCUGGUGGGUUCCGAGGAAUUUGAUAAGUGUCUCAACAAUGACAAGUACUCCUAUGAGGAGUACAGCAACGGGGCCCUGUCUAUACUGCAGUACCCUCACGAUAAUGGAUACUACUUCCCAUAUGGUUCUCAGUACCGCCCUCGGCGGGAGCUGACAGCCAUGAGCGUGUUGCAUCCGGACAAGGCUGGAGGGGCAAGGAUGAGGAGGAAGGACCCCGUGCUGCUGCUGCCCUGGUGGAAGGAGAUCUUGGGCACGAUCAUCUUCUGCAUCGCUGCUACCACCUACAUUGUUCGCAAAUUCUUCCAUCCACACACAACACACACACGGCAGCGGAAAGAGUCAGAGACCCAGUGCCAGACGGACAGCAAGUUUGAGCUGGGUGUCCCUGAAGCCAGGGACAGCACCCCAGAGUCCCGGCUGAGCGAAUAUGUGUCCAGGUAUCUGACGGACUUUGAGCCUGUGCAGUGUUUAGGCCGAGGGGGAUUUGGCGUGGUGUUUGAGGCACGGAACAAAGUGGAUGACUGCCACUAUGCCAUUAAGAGGAUCCGCCUACCCAACAGGGAAGUGGCCCGUGAGAAGGUGAUGCGGGAGGUGAAGGCACUGGCCAAGCUGGAGCAUCCAGGUAUUAUCCGUUACUUCAAUGCCUGGCAGGAGAGCCCCCCUCAGGGCUGGCAGGAGGGCAUGGACCAGCGCUGGCUUAGAGAUGCCAGUGCCACCGACUGGCCGCUCAGCUCCCCAGACCACAUGGAGGCGUUCUCCGUCAAGGUCCCCGUCUCCACGCCCUCUCCACUGGACGUGCCGUGUGCGUUCUUGCCCGCUGGCAGCGCUCCCACUGCUGCUCGCGAUCACGUGUGCGUGGACGGUCUGGGGCCGGACAGCAUGAUGUCAGACCAGGACAGCCACUGCGACCAUGACCCCGUCCUUGAUCUGUCAGAGUCGCCCCACUCCUUUGAACUGUGCCCCCCACGCACGGUCGCCCAUGCCGACUGCACCUCCUCCUCCUUCGACAUCGUUUUCCAGGACUCUGGCUGCGACCAGCGUGACAGCGACGCUGACUUCAGUCGGACCACGCCCGUUCGGACGGGGUACCUCUGCAGCACCCGUUCCCGCUCUGUCUCCGCCUCCGAGUCCCACCCCCCUGUGCCGUCGGGCCCCUCCUCCUCCUCUCCUCCGCGGCCCACCUCCCUGAACCUGAUGGCGUGCCCAGCCACCCCCGCUGCACGCCCGCCCCUCACGCCUAAGGUUUACCUGUACAUCCAGAUGCAACUGUGCAGGAAGGAGAACCUGAAGGACUGGAUGGCUCAGCGCUCUCAGGCCGAGCUCAGGGAGCAUGCGCAGUGUCUCGCCAUCUUCCUUCAAAUCGCGGAGGCCGUCGACUUCAUACACAGCAAGGGGCUCAUGCACAGAGACUUGAAGCCCUCUAACAUCUUCUUCACGCUGGACGAUGUUGUGAAAGUAGGGGACUUUGGGCUGGUGACGGCCAUGGACCAGGAGGAAGAGGAUGACGACGAUCUGAGCACCCUCACGCCCAUGCCAGUCUAUGCCCGCCACACAGGACAAGUGGGCACCAAGCUCUACAUGAGCCCCGAGCAGUUAUCAGGCAACUCGUAUUCUCACAAGGUGGAUAUUUACUCUCUGGGGCUGAUUCUCUUUGAGCUGCUCUACCCAUUCCGCACACAGAUGGAGAGAGUCCGGACUCUCACCGAAGUCCGAGCACUGCAGUUCCCUGCCAGUUUUGACAAAAACAACGUCCAGGAGGCUAAGAUGGUACGCUGUAUGCUCUCUCCGGUGCCAGCGGAGCGUCCCAAGGCAUCAGAGAUCACAGAGACGCCACUGUUUCAAGAGCUGGAGGUGCCCUGCAGAAUCAGACAGCGUUCCCGAACAUGCAGCGCAUCCUCCACGGGCCGGCCAUCUCGGCAGGUCUCCAGCUCAAGCUAAAUCUCAGCCAUGCGCACACAAUCUCGCACAACUCUCUCCACAUGUACAGCAACUCACUUGGAGGUGCAGCAGAUCCCGUCCCCGCUCGUGCUCAAAUGUACACGCUCAUCUUUUAGCUUCUGUGGUACUGAUCAGCAGACAAAAAGCAUCUCAGCUCAUCGUUGUCUCUUCCUCUGCCCUACAAACAAACUUAUGCCUUCAGUGUGACUCAGGCACAUAUCAGACACACAUGCUGCCCUACAGAACAUCCCUCUUUGCUGAGGGAGGGCCCUCAGUUCUCAGUUUGCCCCACCUCCUUCCAUCCUGUAGCAGCUGAUGACAUUCACUCAGGAGAGAAGAUUCUAAACCAACUGCUUGACUUUCUGAAGCUCUGUGAUUCAUGCAUUACCAUCCUUUUUUUUUUUUUUUAUACCUCAGUUACUGUAGAUGCACCACGCACACCCAUGUGGAAUCAACUGAGGAUUGUGGAGGAAAUGGAACGUUUUUCUGAGCAGUAAUUAACAGUGAAUAUCAAGCAGCCUCGAAACGCUGUACUUGGCAUGGCAUUUAAAAGCAACUUGUGCAAGACCUGCUUCCUGUGAAGCAACAACAUGACAAAUGCGCUUUUGUGUGAACCUUUGUGUGUUUGGGUUCUCUCUUCUCCGUUGUACAUAGACUAAUUUCCAGUGAGUGAGAAUCUUGAGGAUGGUUUGUGCUGAGGUGGGAUGCAUGGAGUGUAAGGCACAAAAGCCAGUCACUGACAAAUAGGAAUAGUGUAUCUGGCUUAGAAAUGGAGAAAUCUAUGGACUUAUCAUUUAUGGUGAAGAAAUAUUGUUUCUGAAAAGUGAAAUGAGACUGAAAAGUAUAUGGACUUAUGAAGAGCAUGAUUUUUCUAUGAUGAGAGCUACGAUUGAUUCGUUUUACUCGUAAUAACUAGGGGGAAAAAUUAGAUUUUUUGAAUCUAUGGAUGUAAAGAUCAAAGUGUAAAGUACUUCAUUUCAUUUUUCAUAAAAAAAACAAAAAAAAACAACAAAAACAAACCACCAAAAGACUACACUGAAACAGUGGGGGUUACUUACUGUAUCUGAGUUGGAAUUUCUCCUUAGUUCAUAAGAAUGAGAUUAGAGUUCAUGGAACUGACUUUCAACAGCAAGUGCUUUAGCCAGACAUGGAUAUGUAGGAUAAUCCAGCAAGAGAAAUUACUUUAACCAAAUAACACACCCAUAAUUGUAAAAUAUGAAGUAAUAAUUUAAGGUUUUUUCCCUUAAAGAAUUUUUAUUAAUGGUGAUUUUUUUUUUUUUUUUUCUCCUUUUAUGAUGCCAUUUUCCCUAACUGAUUCUGCACGUUUGCCCUUAAGAAAUAACUGUUAAACUGCCCUGAGAGUGUGGAGAAUAGUCUUGAUGUGUGCGUGUGUACAGCGCUGCUUGAAGGAGCCGUUAAUAGCACUAGGUGCCUGUCCCCCUGCCCGAACUGUGGAAUGGACAUGAGAUUAUAACCAGGCAUCUUUAGUCAUACCUGAACAUACUAUCUGGGACUGUAGUCCAGAACAUCAGGGACCUCUGCUAACCUUUUCUCUUUUACCCUCAUAAUGCUGCCUUUCAUUUAUCCGUUUGAGCACAGCUACAGUGUUUCUUCUGGCAGCAUGCCAGUGGGGGACAGUGGAAAAUGUUCGUUCAUUCAUGCUGUUGGUAUGUAGCCACAGAACAAGACUUCUCUAAAGGUAUAUUGGUGUUCAGUGAUGUAAUUCUCAACUCAGCCUAACUUUGUGUGAAUAGUUAAUGUUAACAAUUACCUUGCACAAGUUCCGUCUGCUUCUUCCCCCCCCCUUAAGUGUCAUUGUAAUUUGAUGACUAAUUAAUGUUCAGUUUCAAUCUGUUUGGCCAUCAUUAUUGUACUUGAUCUGAAACCGUUUCAGGUUCAAUCUCAUGCUCGGCCCACUUUGCUGGCUUUCCUCUAAUUUAUGACCUGUGUCUUUGGACACAGUCUUCUCUCCUCCUGCCCAUGUAAAUAUGUUGUUUUUAUUUGUUCUUUGCAGAAUCAAUCCUUUUGGGUUGGUGGAUGUUAUAUAAAUACAGAAUGAAUACACUUCAUGCAAUGGAGUGUGUUUGGAAUAUUGUGACUUCUUACAAGUCAAUUUAAUAAACCUUCUAUGACCUUUUGUUAAUUAA